AGCUUCUCGAAAGCUCCAUUAGUAAUGUACAUUUCAUUCUGCUCUCGAAGGCUUAUGAUUUUUCUAGCACUUCCGUGAGUGCCUCAACUCAUGUGAGGUGAGCGAACAUAUAAAAGGCGGCAGAGGUUCAUGCUCGGUAUCAGUUAGUACAGAAACACGCAUUCGAUAAAGUGAUUUCACUAAUCAGUGCAAAAACACAUUCAGAGAAAAAGUGUUAUCAGAAGAAGAAAAUGUCGCUCAUUCCGAUCGUGUUCCGUGACUGGUGGGAUGACUGCUGGGAUACUCCUCUGCGUACAUCCCAACUCUUGGACCAGCACUUCGGCAGUGGAAUCAGCGGAGAUGAUUUGCUAACGGCACUCACCACGGCAGCUGCUGCUCAGUCUGCGUUACAGAAUCAGAGACGCUCCCGCUAUAACAGACCGUGGCGCAAUUCAAGCCUUGCCGCUCGUCAGGAUUCCGGAUCAACGGUCAAUGUUUCGGACGACAAGUUCCAAAUCAACCUGGACGUUCAGCAGUUCGCACCCGAAGAAAUCUCUGUCAAGGCUACAGACAACAGCAUUAUCGUCGAAGGCAAGCACGAGGAGAAACAAGAUGAACACGGAUUCGUUUCGAGACAAUUCGUUCGUCGGUACGUACUUCCGGCUGGACAUGAUUGCAACCAAAUUGUCUCGUCGCUCUCAUCGGAUGGCAUUUUGACGGUUACUGCUCCAAAGAAGGCCUUGCCAGAAGCAGAAGGACCCAAAGCGAUUCCGAUCAUUCAGACCGGCCAGCCAGCGAAACAACUGCAGGAUUCUGAAAAGAAAGCAGUCGAACAGCGCAAAUAAGCAUUUCUGAGUGCUGCUACUUGACAACGCUACCUCAAUUUGAUGUCUUUACUUGUCUUAAUCAUAAUGAUUAACUAUAAGAUUCAUAUGUAAUUCGUUCCUGAACUGAAUUUCUUGAAUAUUGUAACGUUCUAAGUUAUAAUGUUAUGAGGUAUAACUAUGUGCUUUUUUGUUUUA